AUGGCAGUUCCCCAAACCAACGGCGCAAAACCAAAGACCGGAAUCAAAGUCAUAAUCGUCGGCGCGGGUUUCGGCGGGCUCACCGCAGCCAUUGAAUGCGUUCGGCAAGGCCACUCUCCAGUCAUCUACGAGGCUUUCCCUUCUCUAAAGAUAUUGGGCGAUAUCAUCUCCUUCGGACCUAACGCAGGACGCAUUUUCGCUCGCUGGAAAGAUGGCGAAAUUGCGCGCGCUAUGCGCAAGGUCUCUAUUGAUUUGACUGCCUAUGGCUUCAACAUUCACAAGUGGGACACGGGCGAAGUCGUCAUUAAUCAGAAGACACCGCCGAAGAACGAUGAAACACCGGUUUUCAACGGACAUCGAGGCGAGCUGCACGAAAUCGUAUUCAAAUACGCCAAAGAACUAGGCGUCGAGAUCGUGCUCAACCAACGAGUUGGGAACUACUGGGAAACAGAGAAUGCGGCCGGAAUUACGCUCGAAGAUGGCACGCGUGUAGAGGGUGACGUAGUCGUGGGCAGUGACGGUGUAAGAAGCAAAGCCAGGACACUUGUAUUAGGUUACGAAGAUAAGCCCAAGUCAUCUGGAUAUGCAGUGUGGAGGUCGUGGUUCAGCAACAAAGACAUGAUAGCCGAUCCUGAGACAAAACAAUUCUGUGAGAAUGGCGAUACAUUCAAUGGUUGGAUUGGACCCGAUGUGCACUUCCUCUUUAGCACGCUCAAAGGCGGCAGCGACUGCUGCUGGGUUCUAACUCACAAGGACGAACACGACAUCGACGAAUCGUGGUCCUUCCCCGGCAAGCUGUCCGAAGUGAAGGACGUUCUCAAGGACUGGGAUCCCAUGUGCACGAAGAUCAUCUCGAAGACUCCCGAAGAGAAGCUCGUAGAUUGGAAGCUGGUAUACCGCGAUCCGCUGCCCACCUGGGUAUCAGGGUAUGGCUCGGCCCCCGGGCACGGCCGCAUCUGCCUGCUCGGUGACUCUGCACAUCCGUUCUUGCCCACCAGUGCGCAGGGUGCGACACAAGCGCUGGAAGAUGGCGUCACGCUAGCAGUGCUGCUACGGAAGGCCGGCAAAGAUAACAUUAGAGGUGGUCUGAGAGCCUAUCAAGAUGUUCGCUAUGAGCGCGUAAGCAAGGUGCAGAAGACAGGCGAGACGACGCGCGAUAUGUGGCAUAACACCGAUUGGGAGAAGGUUAAGAAGAACCCGGAGAGUAUCCAGUUCCCACGCGAAGACUGGAUAUUUGCGCACGACGCGGAGAAGCAUGCUGAAGAGGUUGGGGACGAGAUCAUCGCGAAGGCGUCGACCUCGGUUGACCAGCAAGCAUGA